GAGAGAGAGAAACUCAUUCAGAGAGAGAGAGAGAGAGAGAGAGAGAGGGAGAGAGAGAGAUGGGGGGAGAAGAGAAGAGGCAUCAGAUGAUGCAGAACCUGUUCGGCGACCAAUCAGAAGAAGAAGAAGAAGAUGAAGAAGAAGAGCUCGAUAUCGGCCAUGAUACUCUGCAACAACCCCCUCAUUAUCAUUCGGAUGAAGGCGAAGGUGAGGCAGAGGUUGAGGUUGAGGGUGAAGCCGAAGCUGAAGCCGAAGCCGAAGCCGAAGUCGAAGCUGAGGCUGAGGCUGAGGCCGAGGUUGAGGGAGAAGGGGAAGCAGAAGUGGAAAGUGAAGUGGAAAUACAUGAUGUAGAUCCCAAUCAAAGAGAGAGUGAGGGUGAAAGGGUUCAAAGUUCACCCGAAAGAGAAAUCAGUGGUCAGAGGGUAGAGAGUGAAGGGAAAGAAGCCGACAGUGAAGACCAAGAGUAUGGCCAAAGGGUAGUAACAAGCAGGAGAAGGGAAGUAAUUGUGAGUGGAUCCGAAAGGUCUGAGGAGAACAAUUACGUUGACGAUGAAGAUGAAGAAGUUGAUCAGGCCAGCCCAAGCAGGUCACCAGGAGAGCAGAAAGAUCAUGCAGACAUUUCACAAUCUGCACCUGAGAUUCGGGAUGUAUUUGGAGAUUCCGAUGAGGAUGAACCAGCAGAGUAUGCAGCCCAGAAUGACCUGGAACAAGAUUCACAUAGAUCACCUAUUGAAGAGGAAGGGAGCUAUGAGAAAGAGUUGAGGCCAGAGGAUUUAGUUCCUGAGGAAGAAGGCCAGUAUGAAUCAGAAGAGGAGAAUCUUGAGCAGAAACACAAGGAGAAACCAGUUGGCCCCCCAUUGGAAUUGGAGAUUCCAUUGCGUCCACCUCCAGGUCAGCCAGAUAAGAUGAAUAUGAUCAAAGUUUCUAACAUCAUGGGCAUUGAACCAAAACCUUUUGAUCCGAAGACAUAUGUUGAAGAAGAUGUUUUUGUGACGGAUGAAUCUGGAACUAAGAAGCGUAUACGGUUGGAAGACAACAUUGUGCGUUGGAGGCGUGUUCGGAAUCGUGAUGGCAUGAUGUCUUAUGAAAGCAAUGCGCGGUUUGUGAGGUGGUCAGAUGGCAGUUUGCAAUUGCUAAUUGGUAAUGAAGUUCUUGACAUAAGUGUGCAAGAAGCGCACCACGAUCAAUCACACCUUUUCCUUCGACAUGGAAAGGGAAUCCUGCAAUCACAAGGGAGGAUUUUACGGAAAAUGAGGUUUAUGCCAUCGUCCUUAUCGUCAAAAUCUCAUCGUCUAUUGACUGCUCUUGUUGAUUCACGACAUAAAAAGGUCUACAAGGUGAAGAACUGUGUAACUAACAUUGAUCCAGAAAGGGAGAAGGAAGAGAAAGAAAAGGCCGAAGGUCAAUCAAUUAGAGCUAAUGAACUUCUUCAACGGAAGAGGGAGAAAGUGAGCCGGAAAUACCCUCAAACGGUGGAGAGAGGACGCCAACUUUCUCCUGGGUUCUUGGAGGAAGCACUAGAAGAGGAUGAUGAACCCGAGGAUUAUUACAGCUCCCGUCGUUCAGCAGCUCGCCAUCGUUUCGAGGAAGAUAUGGAAUUAGAAGCACAGGCUGAGAAACGAAUAAUCAAUGCGAAGAGGUUUACAAAAGAUGUCCCGCGAAAAUCAUCAUUGCCAGCUGUCCGUCCAUCUCGACGUCCGGUGGAAGAGUCAUCUGAGAGUGUGGGAGGGGAAUCGGAGUAUGAGACUGAUGGCGAUGAAGGGGAGCAGUCACCGGUACGGAAAAGGUCGAGGGAGCCAGAGCAUGAAUACGAUGAAGAUGAACAGGAGGCAGAGGAAACUGGAGCGAAUGAAGAAUCUGAAGAAGAUGAACCUGAGGAGCCAAGGCGAAGGAAUAAGGAAUCAGUGGGAAGUCUCAAGCGCAAGGAGAUCGAAUCAGACCCUGAUUCUCCACCUAGGAAGCCAGCAGUCCAUCGCAGGGCAGUUGUCUUUGACAGUGACGAGGACUGAAAGACCAGCUGUCUUGAUGAUCAUAAGACUUCAUUUGCAGGAAAGAAUUUGUAUCUCCCUUCUCAAGCAUGCUCAGUGUCGUCAAUCAUCCCAAGUCGGACUCUAAGAGGUGCAGUAACAUGGUAUGCGAUUCUAAACAUAUGUGCAGAACAGUUCGAUCAUUAUAGUUUUGGCCAUCGCGAUAAUGCCUAUUGGUCUUGUAACUCUAGAUCAUAGGAUUGCUUGGAUCUCUAAACAAUCCCAAAAGAUUUGUAGCAUCCGAGUCCAGUCGCCCAAUCAAAGACGGUUUAUAAACUUAUAAUUCUGUUUUGGUUUUCUGUUGAGAUAUUAUGAUCCAAGAAAUGAUCUCAUACGGGGCUUUUAUUUUC